AGUUGGGUGGAAAGACACCAUGAUGCAAACUGUGAAGACUUAGUCCAAGUCAUGUGAAAUAAUAGAUGUAACUUGUUGCUUUUGGAAAAAGCACAAGAUAUGAUUUGAGAAAUUUGUUUGUGUAGUGGGUAUAUAUAGGAGAAUGGUGGUAAUGUUAUUUCAACUCAAAACCUAUUUUGCUUUGAAGUUUAAAUCAGAGCUGUGCAAAAACUUUGUUAGUCUUAUUGUUAUAGAAAAUCAGAAAAAGAAAAAGUAAUGGAGUUGCAGGGACGUUAUUGGUGGUGGCCGGUGGUGUUAGUUUUGGUUCAUUUUGGUAUGAAUGGGUGCUUUGGUUGCUGGGAGCAAGAGAGAAUUGCUCUCUUGGAACUUAAAGCUUCCAUUGUCAACUACACCGAUGAAUAUUAUUUUCCUCAUUGGGACUCAGUCGACAAAGAGAGUGAUUGCUGUGAGUGGGAAAAAGUCAAGUGCGACAUCACUAUUAGCCGUGUAAUCAAACUUGCUCUUAAUAAUACGAUUUAUUGGAGUGGAGAAAGUGGGGGAGGUUGGUACUUUAAUGCCUCUCUGUAUCUUCCAUUUGAAGAGUUCCAGUACCUCGAUUUGAGUUCAAAUUCCAUUCUUGGAUGGAUCCCAAAUGAAGGUUUUGAAAGAUUCUUUACGUUGGGCAAGCUGGAAGUGCUUCACUUGGGUGAUAAUAGUUUUAAUAACAGCAUUUUACAAUCCUUUAGUGGUACUAUUGCUUCGCUCAAGGAACUACAUUUGGAUUUCAACAUUUUGAAUGGAUCAAUCCACAUCCAAGACUUCAAAGCAUUUAACAACUUGGAGGAGCUCUACUUGGGCGGAAAUUAUAUCAAUGAUUUUGUGACAACGGAAGAUUCAAACAGCUUAAGUAAGUUGCAAGUCCUAGAUUUGAGUGACAACAAUUUUAAUGCACGAAUUCUUGAGUCAGUAGUUGCCUUCCCAUCGUUGAAGAUAUUAAACAUUGGAGAAAACAAUUUGGAAGGAUCGUAUACUACUAAAGAGUUAGGUGCACUAAACAACCUAGAGCAGCUUUACUUGGAUGGUUCAUCAAUUGAUAACAGCUUCCUUCACAAAGUUGGAGUUAUGAAUUCUCUUGAAGUAUUGUCAGUGCGAAACUGUAAUCUCAACGGUAGCUUACCUGCACAAGGCUGGUGUGAACUUAGGAAGCUCCAAGAGAUAGACCUCAGCUACAAUAAUUUUGAAGGGAUACUACCUUCAUGUAUGGCAAACUUUACAUCACUUCAAGUAUUGGAUCUCUCUAACAAUCACUUCACCGGGGACAUUACACACUCCCAACUACCAAGUUUGACAUCACUUCGAGUAUUGGAUCUCUCUAACAAUCACUUCACCGGGAACAUUGCCCACUCCCAAAUACCAAGUUUGACAUCACUUGAGCACCUCUCUCUGUCAAAUAACGACUUCUUGAUCCCUGCCACAAUGUCCACCUUUUCUAACCUCUCAAAUCUUAAGUACUUAUUAAGUGAUGACAAUAAAAUUGCCUUUGAACCUAACUCUCAUACUUGGAUUCCAACCUUCCAAUUACAGUUUUUGAGUCUUUCUAACGGACUCAAUGUCAAUGGCACAACUCCUAGAUUUCUUCAUUACCAAUAUGAGUUGGUAGUGAUUGAUCUCUCUCACAAUAAUUUGGUCGGAAAGUUUCCCACUUGGUUGCUAGACAUCAAUACAAAAAUUGAGUCCUUUUUCUUAAAUAAUAACUCUUUCACGGGGCCUUUCAUGCUGCCAUAUGAUAUUUGUCACAACAUUAGGAACAUAGAUAUUUCAGAUAAUCACUUACAAGGUCCAAUCCCCAUUAAUUUUGGUUUAAUUUUUCCAAAUUUAGAAUAUUUAAACAUGUCUAAAAAUGCAUUUCAAGGUAGUAUACCUUCUUCUUUGGGGAAAUUGGUUUUCUUACGAUUUCUAGACUUGUUUGAGAAUCAUUUAUCAGGAACAAUACCAAUGUAUUUUGGAAUGGGCUGCCACAACUUAGAAUUUCUCAAAUUGUCAUAUAAUAACUUCAGCGGCCAAAUAUUUCCCACCAAUUUCAAUAUAACUAAUUUAUCUGAGCUACUUUUGGAUAACAAUCACUUCUCGGGAAUGAUCCCAAAGAGCAUCUCAAAAUUAAAUCAUCUUCUGAAAAUUGAUUUUAGUAAUAACCAUUUUUCAGGCAUGCUUCCAACGUGGUUGGGGAACAUGUCUCAUUUAAUGGAACUUGUUAUGGCCAAAAAUCAACUUGAAGGUCCUAUUCCAGUCGAGUGGUGCAAAAUUGUUGAACUUUCAUUUCUUGACCUUUCCGAGAACAAUCUAUCCGGCUCUAUUCCAUCUUGCUUCAAUUCAUCAUAUAUAAGAUCAGUUUAUCUGAAUAAAAAUUGGUUGAGCGGUCCAAUUCCAUGUGCGUUCAAAAACAACUCAAAUCUAGUUACAUUAAAUCUUCGAGAUAACCUCCUAAUUGGUAACAUUCCCGAUUGGAUCGGCAACCUCUCAUCCUUGAGCAUUCUUCUUUUGGGAGAAAAUCAUUUAGAAGGUAGGAUUCCAAAUCAAUUAUGCCAUUUGCAAUACUUAAACUUGCUGGAUCUUUCCUACAAUAAAUUUUCAGGUACAAUACCACAUUGCUUGGGAAACAUUACUUUCGUGGCAUCCAACCAAAAGCCUAUUUUUAGAGGUUCCUGGGCACGGUUUUCUCAGUACCAAAUUAGAAUGCCAUACUUGAAGACAAAAUCAACAAAUAUGAAAGACUGGAAUCAUAGGGGUUAUUUUGUGAUAGUUGUAAGGGAGACAGAUGAAGCAGAGUUCACAACAAAGAAUAGAAUUGACUCCUAUCAUGGAGACAUUCUCAACUACAUGUUUGGAAUUGACCUUUCAUGUAACAAGUUAGUAGGUGAAAUCCCACCUCAACUUGGAAUGAUGAGCACCAUCCGGGCAAUGAACUUAUCACACAACAAAUUAACUGGACCAAUACCUACAACAUUCUCAAACUUGAAGCUAAUGGAGAGUUUGGAUCUUUCCUACAACAAUUUAAGUGGUAAAAUUCCACCUGAGUUGACCGAAAUUACCUUUCUAGCAGUCUUUAGUGUGGCACAUAAUAACUUAUCAGGUACAACACCAGAAAGAAAAAAUCAAUUCGGGACUUUUGAUGAAAGUAGUUAUGAGGGUAACCCUCUUUUGUGUGGACCUCCAUUACAUGAUUGCACCAAAAUUGGACCUCCGUCUACAAUGCUAGUGAUGCGGAAGAUGGUGGUAGUUUCAUUGACAUGGCUGUCUUCUACAUAAGCUUUGUGGUGGUUUACAUAACAGUGUUGUUGGGACUCGUUGCAGUUCUCUACAUAAAUCCUUACUGGCGUAGGGCGUGGUUUAACCUCAUUGAGGUGUGCAUUGACAAUUGCUACUAUUUUGUUAUGGUUCAUUGCCAUAAGUUGUUCAAUUUCAGGCUUGCAUAGCUCUGCAUUUUAAUGGUUACAUGUACGUGUGUCUCUUCCUAGUGGAUUUUGAAUCUGAAGUUUGAACUUUGAAUAAAUAUUUCAGUUGUGUAAACUAGUAAGUUGCCCGUGCGA